AUGCCAGUGGUAUUAUCAGAGGAAGAAAUGCAGAUCCUACGGACCUUGCAGAGAUACUCGCUCGCGACGCUUUGUCUAUCCAUGAUUUCUUGCGGUUUCAUAAUUGCGGUGGCCUUUAUCGUGAUGGGGAUAAUCGGGAUAAACGUCUACACAACUUGGAAACGCAAGUUUCCCAAGCCUCGCCAUUUUAAUGCUCGCAUAGAAGAAGAAGAGGUCUCAGAGGCGAUUUCUGCGACGUCAAGUGAAAGUAACGGUCCCUCGUCGGCAGCAGUUACGGUGUCAAUCCCAGGAGAGCAACUGUCGACACGGUCAUCGCGAGUGCCGCAGCACAAAUGGCAGGCCGGGAAUUCUGAUACUGACGGGGUGGCUAUCACCAAGCCUUUGCAGCCACAAAAGCCAAGGCACACCCAGCGUGCAAGUUUGCAAUCGAAUCGGAGGGGAUCACAUGCUAUAAAUAAUAAUGAAUGGACCGGACAGAUGGGGGAGGAUAUGGACGGCCAGCAACAAGAACCGUGUGUCCGUAACCCACCUCGACAGGGGGCACCCGGGGAGCGACGCAGACGACGAAAUACAGGAGCAGCUAAAGCCGACGAAGGGUGGAACGAGGUGACAAGCCAAAUCAUACCGGUAUCUUUCGGAGAAGACAACCGAGAAGGUUAUUCGAAUCAAUGCGAAAUACCGGUGGGAACAGGAUUGAGGCCUGCGUACGCCGCUUUCGCCAAAUGUUUAAGCGACGAUGCGAGAAGGGAACAGGAGCGGGAGCGAGCUGGUCAAGGUAUGCGGAUGCCUCUCCCUGGACUCAUCCCACCUGCAGAGGCGAGGAACCGGGCCUCCAGCCAGCAACUUGGACUAGGUGCGUUGCGCUCCCUAUUUUCCAACCGCUUCCGCAACUCUAAGAAGACAAUGCUUCUUGAUUCGAAAAGAUCCUCAAUCUUCAGACUCGGUCGCGCAUCUCGAGAAAUGGACCAACGAAGGCAGGGAUAA